AUGAUAUGUAAUGCUCUAAUCCGACAGUUUUCAUCAGAAGUGAGUUCUCCUUUUGUAUUUUUGACUGUGAUUCACACUUCACCGCCUAAAAACAAACAUGAUGCUACCAGUGUGUGGGCUGAAGAGGUCACUAAAUACAACUUCAAGGCCUGCGUCCGGGAAUUGAAAAACUUUGAUGGCGCGCACAGUGGCGUAAAAGUGGACAUACUGGCUCUGGCAAACAUUCCGAGCGGAUGGUCAAUUCCUGAUGGCCGCAAACUUGAAUUCAGCAACGACUAUUUUCCAUCUGGAGACACUGGUUACAGCUUUUGCAGGGAUUUUACAUUUGCUAAACAGUUUUACGAAGUACCGGUUGUAAUCACCACAGCAAGGCACGUAAAGGGAAGCGUUGAUGCUGACGACAAUGCUAUCACUGAAUGGGUGCAUCAAGUAUCAACCAGCGGCUUGGAUAUUUGUGUAAGGGACAUUCAACGCUACGAUGCAUUCCACGACCCCAUCACUGUUAACUUCUUGGCGAUAGGAAGUUUGGACCCCUGCCAAGAUUACUCUUGUUCCUACUAUGCAGUCUGCUCUGCCAGCACUCCGACAACUCCGACCUGCGUCUGUCAGCCUUGUCAUAAUCAUCAGGUUCAACCUAUUUGUGACGUGUUUGGAGUCACCUACCAAUGUCGUUGUGAAUAUAAACUUGCGGUUUGCAAGGCGCAGAAAUCUAUUCCAACAAGACACCUCGGCGGAUGCAAACCAUUUGUUUUUGAACGCGGUCGCGUUAUUCUCCGUUUGAACACAACCGAUGUGCAAUGUAAAACAGUUUCCUUCAAGAAAGCAGCGUUCGAAAGCGGCCGAGGAAGUGUUUACGUACAGACCUCCAUCAAUUUCUUUAACUACAGCGGCGACUUCAUCCAUGACGCUGCGGUGACCUGGGUCGAGAACGUGAAUAUCAACACUUUUGAGGUGUGCGCGCUUAAAGCAGGAAGGGCAGAGCGCUUGACACCUGAUGGCGGACUCACGUUUGUGGACUUCGUGGCCUUCCAAGAAUGUCCUGUUGGAGCGAUCGCCGGCCGACUUCAAAUGCCAUCUAAUUGGUGGGACGGAACAACUUGUAAAACAGUUGCAUUUGAAAAGGUUCGUCAUAAUAUUUCGUCAUUUAUGCGAGGAAAAUAAGCCGCGGCUUCCAUAAGACACGAGCAGGACCUUUUAUAGGAGCGCGGCUCACAAAAGACGCGAAUUGUUAGUGUAAGUGGUUCAUGGCUUUUUG